UACCCCCAAACAAAUGACAUCUACAUGACUAGCAAAAAAGGUUUUAGGUUGGCCCAAUUUUGCAGUUCAUUCAUAUAAUAAAUAUCUUAUCCAGAAAUUUAACAUUAAAACGAAAAUGAACAGGAAUCAUAAAGCAGCUUACAUUACCUGUCUUGCAAUUUUCCGGUAAAGCAGUUCCGUAAUGGGUAUGGUUCAUUUUUCUCAGUUCCUCUUGAAUUCUGGGUUUUUGAGUGUUCAUUUCUCUUCAUGAACUCUGAUAUUUGAUGAUAUUUAGCUGUUUUAAAAAUUCUUGUUUGGUAUUUUCGUUCAUUAAUCCGCGGUAGAAUCGAGAGAAAAGGGGCCAUGGAAUUUUUGUUAAAUCCGUUCCCUACCCAAACUUACUUAAAACCCUUAAUUUUCAUGCCAAAGCAAGUUCAUAAUCUUUCAUUAGUGAAAUUAAGAGGUGGGCUUGAGUUUCCUAGAAGAAACUUUGCAAGUGUGGGUAAAAAUUCUAGUAUUAGUACUGGGAAUAGUGUUAAUGAUGAUGAAAUGGAAGAUUGGGAAUUGGAGUUUGUUGGAGAGAUUGAUCCAUUUAGUUAUCAAGCACCCAAGAAGAGGAAAAAGCAAGAGAAAUCUAGGGUUCUUAAUGAUGAAGAAGGGAUGGAUUGGUGUUUAAAGGCUAGAAAAAUGGCACUCAAAUCUAUUGAAUCUAGGGGAUUGGCUCAUAAAGUUGAGGAUUUGAUUAAAAAGAAGAAAAAGAAGAAGAAAAGAUUAGCAAAAAAAGAUAAGAUUAGUAAAGAAGUAGAGGAAAUUGAAGAGGGUUUUGAUUUUGAGCAAGAUAUUGGCAAUGAGGGUUUCGAUAACCAGAUCGAUGAUAAUGUGAGUCGACUUCGAGAUACGGUGAGUUCAAUGGGGGAUGGGAUGUUUUUAGAGAAGAAGGAGAAGGCAAUGGAAGAGUUAGUUCAGAAAUUAGCUCAAAUUUCAGGGCCGUCUGAUCGUAGAAAAGAACUUAACUUGAACAAAGAUAUAAUUCAAUCACAAACUGCAGAAGAAAUAUUGGAGAUUACAUCUGAGAUGAUAAUGGCUGUUGGGAAAGGUUUAAGCCCUUCGCCACUUUCACCUUUGAAUAUUGCUACUGCACUUCAUAGAAUUGCUAAGAGCAUGGAGAAAGUAUCGAUGCCAAGCACUCGCAGGUUGGCAUUCACUCGACAAAGAGAAAUGUCAAUGCUUAUUGGUAUUGCAAUGACUGCUCUUCCAGAAUGCUCGGCACAAGGUGUGUCGAACGUUGCGUGGGCACUGUCCAAGAUUGGAGGGGACAUGUUGUUUUUGUCCGAAAUGGAUCGAGUUGCAGAGGUGGCAUUGGCUAAGGUUACAGAGUUCAAUUCUCAGAAUGUUGCUAACAUUGCCGGUGCAUUCGCUACAAUGCGGCAUUCUGCCCCGGAUCUGUUUGAAGGGUUGGCAAAGAGGGCAGCGGCCAUAAUUCACUCGUUCCAUGAACAAGAGCUUGCACAGAUGUUAUGGGCGUUUGCAUCUCUAUAUGAGCCUGCAGACACCUUGCUUCAAGCUAUCGACACUGUUUUCAACAAUGCCAACCAAAUUAAAUGCUGCUUAAGCCAUGAAACUGUAAAAGAUGAUGAAGAAACUGGUGUGGAGAACAGUAGAGAUAUCAAAUUUGGAGGAAUUCCAGAUCCUCCUGUGCUCACCUUAAGCAGAUACCAGCUUGGGAAUAUAGCUUGGUCCUAUGCAGUUUUCGGACAGCUUGAUCGAAUGUUCUUUUCUCAUGUAUGGAAAACAUUGAACAGUUUUGAGGAGCAACGGAUUUCAGAACAAUAUAGAGGUGAUGUUAUGUUUGCUUCACAGGUUCAUCUGGUGAACCAAUGCUUAAAGCUUGAGUAUUCACAUCUUCAGCUAUCCAUUGAUGGUGAACUCGAGUCAAAAAUUGUUCGUGCUGGGAAAACAAAGAGGUUCAACCAAAAGACAACGUCAUCUUUCCAAAAGGAAGUUGGUCGUCUUCUUGUGAGCACUGGCCUUGAUUGGGUUAGGGAGCACCCUACGGACUGCUACACCAUUGAUGCUGUUCUUGUUGAUCAAAAGGUUGCUUUGGAGAUUGAUGGACCAACACAUUUCUCAAGAAAUACUGGAACACCAUUAGGGCAUACCGUUUUAAAAAGUCGUCAUAUUGCCGCUUCUGGUUGGAGAUUUGUAUCAUUGUCUUAUCAAGAGUGGGAGGAACAUGAAGGGGAAGUAGAGCAGCUUGAGUACCUGAGGAAAAUUCUGGAAGAUCACCUGGGCUGAAUUGAUUUGAGGCAGCCUCAAUAGUGUUUAUGUACUUAUUUUCAGUGAGAUUAGUCAAAAUGUAUGUAUAUUUACAAUUACAUGAUAAUUAAAUGUCAAUCCACUUGCUUAAUGAAGAA